AUGGAAUAUAGUAUGGGGACUUGCUCUAAAAGUGUUGCUGAUGAAGACCUGCUUGCAAAUUUACAGUCUUUACGGAAUCAGCUGAGGAGAACUGAAAAAAACCUACAAACUGUAGAGAAAGAGCUUUCCAGCACUAGUACAAGUGAACAUUAUGGCCACUGCUUUGAUGAGGCUGUGAAAUUCACUCUGGAGGACCUUCUUCAGCCUAAUUGCAACUAUCGAGGCUUUUCCAACUGUAAGAAGAAUGCUGGUAAACCAUCUUGCCAGGUUUUUCAAAGAGAAUCCGAAUCUUACUCAGUAUCCACAACUUCUGAUAAAACCAUGGAAGAAACUGAACGUCUUAAGGAGAAGCUGGAUGUCCUUCAUGAGCAAAAUGCAGCUUUGGCUUCUCAGAACCAGUACCUAAAGAAGAGAGUGAAAACAAUGAACUUUGAAUUGAUGCAGUCAAAAACAAGAAUUUGUUAUCUUGAAUCGACUUCAGGUACACAUUUAGUCACCAUUCCGAAGUUAAAAGAACAGAUUGUAAACUUGGAAGCAGAAGUUUCAGCUCAAGAUAAAAUUCUGAGAGAUACAGAAGAUAAAUUAGAUCAAAGCCAGAAAACAGGAAUGGAAAGAGAAAACAUGUUGCAAAGAUAUAAAAAGGACUAUAAAAAUCUGAAAAUGGAGUUAAUUGAACGAAGCAAGCAAGGAAAGAGAGCAGAACAGCAAAGAAAUGAAGCUUUAUUGAAUGCGGAGGAGCUGACAAGAGCUUUCAAAAAGUAUAAACAGAAAAUAACUAAAGAAUUAGAAAAGGUUAAAGCUGAAGAAGUAGCCUUGGGAAAACGUUUAAUUAAUUGUGAAAAAGAAAAAGAGAAGUUGAAUGAGAAGUGUGUCAGCUACAGAAAAGACCUAGAUGUCCUAGAAGAGCAAUUAAGGCAUUUAAAGGAGGAGAAUCAUAGCACAAAAGAAAAAAUUAAGACUCUAGAGGCAAAGAACACUGAAAUGGUAUCAAUGCUGACUCAAUCUGAUCAGAAGAUCAUUGAGCUUGAGAGUGAACUCAGUGAACAAGAAAUAGUUCUUAAAGAGAAAAAAGCUCUAAUAAGUGAAAAUGCAGAGCUGAGAGCACUUACCGCACAGCAACAUAACCGCUUGAAAUUAUGCCGUCAAGAAAUUGAAGAUUCAAGGGAAGAGCUCAACAUACUAGAAACCAUUAUUUUCCAGUUGUCUCUAAGUACAUCUGAAGAGUUUAAAUGGCACCGCUUGAAACACCAGCUAUCCAGUUCCUCAACAAAGGCAGCUCUCUCUGAAUCUUCUUGUGAAUCAAAUAAACCUUCGAUUGCAGACCUAAGCAUUAAACUGGCAAUGAAAGAAGCAGAAAUUCAAAAGCCUCAUGCAAAUUUAACAAUCUCUAAUGGACCUGAGCAUGUUUCUAAUGGUAAUGAAGGACAAGAAAAUAGCAGGUUAUGUGGCCUGGAAACAGAGCCUGUCAAAUUGAUCGGAAGUCAAGGAGAGAGGAGAAAAUGCCAACAGUUGGAACUUAUCAGCAAGCAGUUUGAAAAGGAGAGGCAAAGAUUCCAGAAAGAGAUAGAAGAGUUACGCACUAAACUGACAAAAGCAGAUGAUGAGAAUUCUUCUUUGAAGACCAGCAUGACUCAGAGAGCCAGCCAGUUUCAAAUCAUACAGGAGGACCUACUGAAGAAGGCUUCAAAAGCUAGUAGCUUGGAGAGAGAAAUAAAAAGUAAAUCUUCUCAAAUUUCUGCACUUGAGAAACAGUUGGAAGAAAAGACUAUUGCUUAUUCCACUGCUGCAGCAAGAAAUACUGAGUUGGAACAGGAACUCAUGGGAAAAAACAGACACAUUCAUGAGCUGGAAACCACUAUUAGCAAAGAACAUGAGCAAAUAACUUGUACUUUUGAGAAAGAAAAGUUGGUUCACCUUGAGCAGCACAAAGCAAUGGAGAAACAGAUUGAACUACUUCAGACACAGCUGGAGAAGAAACAUCAACAAUUCAUUGAACAAGAGAAAAUAAUAUCUAUUUUGCAACAAGAUGUUAUACAUAAACAGCAUCACAUUGAAUCAUUGGAUGGGCUGCUGAUAGAAAGCAGAGAGAAAAUAGAAAACCAAAAUGUCAAGAAGGAUCAAGGAUUGAAGAUGCUGAAAAGCCAGUUAACAGAAGAAACCAUCAAAGUGAGACAACUUGAGUCAGCACUAGACGUAUGUAAGGAAGAAGUUGCACUGUAUUUGAGUCAAUCACAAGAAAAUAAAGAGGUAUUUGAAAAUCACCUCAAAAAAAAGUCUGAAGAGGUUCAUUAUUUACAGAAAGAAAUAAAACUAAAAAAUCAGAAUAUUCAAGACACAAAUGAACAAAAUAUUCUCCUACAACAAACUUUGCAUCAUCAUCAGCAAAUGUUACAGCAAGAAACUAUUAGAAAUGGAGAGCUGGAAGAUAAUCAAAUUAAACUUGAAAACCAG